AUGUCGAUGGCAACUUUCAGUGGAAAACGGUACUUCGUGACAUUCAUUGAUGACAAGUCAAGAUACUGUGUCGUCUAUCUGCUCAAGAGCAAAUCUGAAGUUGCGGCGAAGUUCAUGGAAUACGCUGCGAUGGCCGAAACGCAAACCGGAAAGCGCGUGAAGUACCUUCAAAGCGACAAUGGGGGUGAAUACAAGUCCGACAAGCUGGCACGAUUCUGCGCGGAACGGGGAAUACAACAAAGGUUCACACCCCCAUAUACUCCUCAGCUAAACGGAGUAGCUGAGAGAAUGAAUCUCACGCUGGUCGAGUGUGCGCGUUGCAUGAUGGAACACGCUGGACUGGGAAAGAGCUACUGGGGUGAAGCAGUGAUGACGGCGAUGUUUCUUCGAAACCGCUGUCCAACACGUGCCAUUCACCAAGACAAGUCUCCAUAUCAAGUGUGGACGAUGAAGAAACCGAUUCUGGCCAACCUUAAAGUGUUUGGAUGCCACGCGUAUGUUCAAGUGCCUCAAGACAAACGCGCGAAGUUCGACUCCAAGUCAUCACUCUGUCGUUUCCUGGGAUACGCCGAACACCAGAAGUCAUAUCGAUUUGAGGAAGUGUCAACAGGAGCGAUCAAGAUCAGUCGCGAUGCCACAUUCAUGGAAGACAAGUUUGAUGAAGGUCCGCGCAACUACAACGAUGAGUCAAGUGUCGUUGAGUUUGAUGAUCAUGAUGAGGACGAAGAAAAAGAAGAAGGUAAAACUGACGACGACAUGGACUCGAGCGACGAUGACAACGAAGACACCAGGUCUUCGAAGAGCAACAUCAAGAGACACACGCGCACUCAAUCACUUGAGAAAGCUACCGUCAUUCCAAGUCCCAAGCGAAGAACAUACAGAGGUCCGUCGCUUGAGCAUGUGUCAGCGGCUGCAAUGGAUUUUGAAGCAGCCUACAUCGUUGAUUCAGUGGGGGAAACGCCGACUACAUUCAAGUCGGCGAUGGAAUCAAGCGACUCCGGCAAGUGGAAAGAAGCGUGUGACUCGGAGUUCGAUUCGCUUCAGAGAAACGACACGUGGGAAAUCGUGCCUCUUCCGAAAGGUCGCAAGGCCAUCGGGUGCCGAUGGGUUUUUCGUGUAAAAGAGAAUCAAGAUGGCGAAGUUGAACGUUUCAAGGCAAGACUUGUGGCCAAAGGAUUCUCACAGAAAUUCGGAGUUGACUAUGAAGAAACUUUCGCACCGGUGGCCAAGUUCACAUCGAUUCGUGUGGUGCUCAGUAUGGCGGCUAAGUACGGCCUAAUGCUAUAUCAGAUGGACGUCAAGACAGCGUUUCUUAACGGCUCCCUCAACGAAGACAUCUACAUGGACCAGCCGGACGGAUACCUGGAUGCAACACAGCCGGACUAUGUGUGCAAGCUAAAGAGAUCACUCUACGGCUUGAAGCAAUCGCCUCGCAUGUGGAACCAAACAAUCGAUGGGUUCAUGAUCAAGAUGGGAUUCAAGAAGUGCGAAUCGGACCACUGCAUCUACAUCAAGCGAGACGACCAAGACAUGAUUCUCGUGGUGCUCUACGUCGAUGAUCUCAUCCUGGCCAGCAGCAACAACGAACUCCUCAAGUCAACCAAGAUGGCGCUGAGCAAACGCUUCGAAAUGACGGAUCUCGGUGAGCUCGAUUACUUUCUCGGCAUGGAGAUCAAGAACGACCGUAAGACGGGAAUGGUGACUGUACAACAAACCAAGUUUCUCAAGUCCGUGUUAACCAAGUUCGGAAUGGAUAACAGCAAGCCAGUGAAGACGCCUCAAGAUCCCGGCCUGAAGCUAACCAAGAACAUGUGUGAACAAGAAUGCAAGCACGAAGACACCAUGUGCAACGUGCCAUAUCGAAGUGCUGUCGGAGGCAUCAUGUAUCUCAUGGUCGCCACACGUCCGGAUCUAGCUGCUGCAGUGGGAUCAUUAUCCCAGUUCUCGUCCGACCCAUGCCCGACUCACUGGCAAGCUUUGAAGCGUGUGCUGAGAUACCUGCAAGCAACGCCCAAUCAUGGUCUUGAGUUUACACGUGAAGAAGGAAGCCGUAUCUGCGGGUACACCGACGCAGACUGGGCCGGCGACAUUGAGUCAAGACGAAGUACAAGCGGCUAUGUGUUCAUGAUGAGCGGAGGAUGCAUCAGCUGGAAAAGCCAGAAACAACGGACGGUCGCGCUAUCUUCAACAGAAGCAGAAUACAUGGCGCUUUCCGAAGCAACCAAAGAAGCAGUAUGGCUCAAAGUGCUUUUGGGGGAACUUGGUGAGAUGACAAGCGACGAAGCGAUCAAGAUGUAUGAAGACAACCAAGGAUCAAUCGCUCUCGCCAAGAACCCGGAGUUCCAUAAGAGAACAAAACACAUCGACAUACGCUACCAUUUUGUGCGUGAGAAGGUGGAAUCAGGUGAAGUCGUUUUGGAGUAUUGCCCGACUCAAGAUAUGCUGGCAGACAUGAUGACCAAGCCGAUCGCCGCUGUACAAUUUGAAAACAUUCGCGAUCGACUUGGGAUCCAAGGUGCCGCAGCUAACGAGUCGAGAGGGAGUGUUGAAAAGACAGCGGCUGUGAAGAAUGUUGAAAAGACAGCGGCUGUGAAGAAGACACCUCGUCAAGCUGCGUCAAGUGUUGAAGCAAGUGGAAGACCAAGCUUCGCUAUACCGGUGGGUACCGGUAUGUACCAGUAA